ACUACCAGCCUACCAUCAACAUCACAGACCAUCAAACCACCACCACCAUUACCAAUCAAGCCACCACCACCAUUACCAAUCAAGCCACCACCCCAAACCCAAGAAGACAAACAAGCAAUCUAUGAAGCAAUUUCUCGAUUUCCUCAAGACCUAUCAGGCUUAGGUGUCGCAGACGUUAGCAGACUGCUUGGGCAUUUAAAUUUGAGUGACUACGUGCAGACAUUUGCUAAUGAAUUGAUUGAUGGAACGAUGUUGGUCAGCAUGGACCAAGAAUCAUUAGAGUCGUUGGGCGUGAAACCGUUUCAUUGUAAGAAAUUGUUGGACUUUAUUGGUGGUUGGCGACCGAGAGCUUAA